CCUCACCGGCUGACACGGCUUGUCUUAGUUUAGCUCGACAUGAUUUCAGAUCAAACCUUAGUGGAACAGCUUUAACAGCGUUUAAACAAUGCAAACUUGGUAAAAAGAAGGAAUAAGGAACAGCAUUUUGAGAAGAAUUACACGCGUGGAGAAAUAAGCUACACUAAGAGAAUCUGCAUACGGAGCAUUUGAUAUCUUUUUCUUUUUUAGAACUAAGGUAAACAGGUGUGCAGUAAGUAUAUGAGAGGGGUUACUCGAUAACUCGGCGAUUUUUUCCGUCAUUGCCUUUGGCGUUUUCGAAAGACGACUACAACUCAGGAAGCAAAGCCAAGACGGAUGUCGCUGCCACAACGAAACAACGUGAACUACACCACGUUGUGCGACGCUUACCAGCAAACCGCUCCUCACUCUUGAAAACUCUAACUCAUUCUGUGGCGUCGUUAGUUCAGUUUUUCUUAAAUAUUACAAAGAAGCGACUUUAAAGAGAGGACGUUCAAUGAAAGAUCUCCCUGUUCACCCGUAAAUCGUCUGGAUAAUAAACAAGACCGCCAGCCAGAUGGGAUCUCAAGGGCCAGGACGCAAAAGAACUCCUAACAAAAAUGGGUUGACCGCCGAAGAGGAUGCGCUGAAUAUAAUAGCAAGAGAGGCUGAAAAUCGACUGGCAGCUAAGAGAGCAGCCAGAGCAGAAGCCCGUGAAAUCCGCAUGAGGGAGCUGGAGAGGCAGCAGAAAGAGAUCUAUCAGGUCCAGAAGAAAUACUAUGGAUUGGAUAACCUGGACAACAAAUGGGGGGACAUUGAGCAGUGGAUGGAGAACAAUGAACGCUAUACACAACCCUCCCAGAGACAUAGCUCGAUGUCAGAAGAUGAAGAGUGGACAUCAGGGGGGAGCAGGACCAGCCUGCAGUUGAAUUUAGAAGCAGUGGGGGUACGUGAAGGGCUCCCCCAAGUGUCGUCAUUAUACUCAUACAAGAAUUUGAAGAAGAAGAAGAAGAAGAAAAAACAUUCUUCUCAAACUAGCAAUGGUUAUGAUGAUGAUUACAACACAAAGUCCAGUCGGGAAUCCUUACAAGAAAGUCUCUGCAGUAGCUCUUGGCGGUCCAGUUCCCGUGCUCAGUCUGAGUACAGUGAGUUUUUGGGUUCAAGCGACAGGAUGUCCUCCAGAGUGAGCUCCACUUGUUCCAGCCCAGUGUUAGGUCAUUUGGUGCCUCCUGGUGGUUUCCAGGAUAAUUGCAGCAACUCAGUGGCCAGUUUCUUGCGGGAUACAGCUGUCGGAACUUGCCUUCCCAAAGACCUGGAUCAUGUGACCAUCCCAGACUUGCCAAACGUCAGUAGGAGACUGCUUGAGGGUUCCUCUCGGGGAUCAACUUUAUCUACUGCCACUCUUACCUCACUUGGUGGGACUUCUUCAUGUAGAUUAAGUGAAGACUCAUCGGUCACUACAGAUACAGAGACAUCUAUACAGGAAAUAAAGGAUAUCCAUGAACUUAAGGAUCAGAUACAAGAUGUUGAGGCCAAGUAUACGCAAAGCCUUAAAGACAUCAAGGAUUCCUUGGCAGAGAUGGAGGAGAAGUAUCGGAAAGCCAUGGUGUCCAAUGCUCAGUUAGAUAAUGAGAAGUCCAAUCUGAUGUAUCAGGUGGACACUCUGAAAGACUCACUGAUAGAGCUGGAGGAGCUACUUGCUGAGACUCGCCGAGAGUUUGAGGAGAAGACUAAGGAUCUGGAGCGAGAGAAGCAUGCCCACAGUGUGCUGCAGUUUAAGUUCAGCGAACUGGAAGAAACACUGAAGCAAAGUGAAGAGCUUCUUACUGAGAUACGUCAAUUACGCCUCAGACAAGACAGCUUUGUUAUGGAAAUCUCUGACCUGCAGGAAACUAUUGAAUGGAAAGAUAAAAAAAUUGGGGCCUUAGAAAGGCAGAAGGAGUAUUCUGAUGCCAUUCGAAAUGAACGGGAUGAACUCAGGGAUGAGGUGGUUCAGCUCAGAGACAUUUUGAAGAAACAUGGCAUUGUCCUCGGACCUGACUUAAGCACCAGUAGGGAAGUGGGAGAAGAUGUGACUGAUGGAUCAACUUGCACUGAAGUAAAAGAAGGAAGCAGUGUGCUAGAAAUCCGGCUGCGGAAACUGGUGGAUGAACGAGAGGCUUUGCUAGAACAGGUAAAGAGAUUUAAAGGACAACUUGAACAGAAACAAAAUACGAAUAACACAGAGGAUGACCCAAAGCCAGACGAAGAGGUGAUGGAAAAUGGCACUGACACUGAUGUUACGGACCUGCAAAGAGAUACCAACAGGCAAAUCAAUGAUCUCAAAUUUAAGCUUGUCAAAUCAGAACAGGAGGUCACAGCUUUGGAACAAAAUGUCACAAGACUGGAAGGUCAAGUGACUCGGUACAAAACCGCAGCAGAGAAUGCAGAGAAAGUGGAGGAUGAACUUAAAGCUGAGAAACGCAAGAUGCAAAGAGAGCUCCGGUCUGCCCUGGACAAGAUUGAGGAGUUGGAGGCAAGUAACAGUCAUUUGACCAAAAGGCUGGAGAAAAUGAAGGCAAACCGAGGCAUAGCAGCAUCUUCCUAGUUGCUGCUAACAUCACCCUAUCAUAGCUCACCUUCCACUGUCUGUAUUUCACUGUGCUCUGGAGCGUGCUAGCCUUAAUAUUUACAGCCUUACUCUACAUGAUUAAGGUCAAUAAAACAGCAGCAUUAACAAACACACGCACAGAGCAUACAAUGUGCCAUUUUCUUAUUUGUAUUCAUCUGCGUAAUGAAAGAGUUUUAAAGGUUGUUAACAUUGGCAAACCCAUUCAAGACUUUGUGAAAGACUUGUGAAAGCAAGAGUGUGCCUCUCUAAACCUGUAUCUCUAAAUAUUGUUCUUUUUUGUAACUACUUGAAGAUAGUUUAAUUGGUGGCAUUUUAAGAUCAUGGUUAAAAAUGUGGUUAAGGACAUAAUUUUAGGUUGUUUUCUGGCAUAGUGGAACCCUUCAUUAUGACCUUGCUUAAAGGGGACUAGUCACACUAUCAAAUAAUUGGUUUUCCAGUCCUCUAAAUAAAUAUUCAGAGUGUUUUUGCACUAUAGUUCCAGAGAUAUUUAACUGAUCCAUUUUAGAACCUAAAAAGCAUUAUCAUGGUCAUUAGGUUCCUUUGCACAGGUUGAGCUUAGUGGGGGUAAGUGUGUGCUGUUAAAGGGUGUGCAGGAAGCAAAGUCAGUCUUCAUCAUGCUUGUAUUUUCCUUGUUUUUUUUUUUUUUUUGGAUGGGAAUAUUUUUGCAUGCAGAGGCUAGGUAGUAUCAGUUUUCCACUGGAUAUCUGGAAAAGGAAUCUCAGCAUAAAUAGAUAACAUCCAUUCCAUUGCCAUUAGUUGGGAAAUUUAGAGCAAACAUUAAUAUGAGCAACUAAUUGGUUUCCUCAUUAGAAAAAAAUUACAUUUCUAAUGAUACAGUUGCAUACAAUAAGAUUAUCUGUCAAACCUAAACCCAUUUAGCACAUGUACGUGCCAGCACUGGGAAAAUAUUUAUGAAAAUAAAGUAUUUUCUGAAAUGCAAAAAGAAAGACAUACCACAAUAUUUCAAAAAGGCAUACAUGCAACCUAAAACUGAGGCAUAAAUGUUAAUAAAUAAAAUAAUAUUAUUAUUAUGCCUAAAUAUCAUACUAUAAGUUCAUAAAACUGCCUAAUGUAUCUAUUUACUAUAUUGCAGGGUUGCCCUACACCUGCUGACUCUACUCAGUGCAAAACUACUGCAAACUAAACUGAAUAUGCUGAAACUGCAUUGGUGCAGUUUUCGUUCUUUUUCUCCAGCUUGAAAUUAUUUUAAACAUUCUCUAGCGUGUCUCUUCAGUUUGUACCAGCCCCUCCCCCACAAAUUUUUCUCUUUCUCCAUUUUGCAAUCUGUGCCAUCAAAUCACAUUCUGUGCAUCCUGCCCACAGUGUAAGAGCAUUGUGCGAAACACAGUGAGCAUUAUUUACUAAAGCGGUAGCAUGAAGUCCAUAAAAAAAAAAGACAUGGCAGAUUUAGACAUCCCUAAAAUCACUGAGAAAAAAUGGCAAUUACUACUGUACUCCAUCUGCCUGUGUAAGACUAAUUGUACUUUUGAUGGUAAAGACUGCAUUAUUUAUUUAUUUUUGUGUGUGUGACCGUUCCCCUUUAACUUUGGCAAAAUUCAGAUAUAGUUUGGUCCACCAUUUUUUUUCUUGAAAGACAGUUGAUAGCAUGACCACUGCACUUGAGUUUGAAUAUAUGUAUGGAUUUUUUUUAUUAUUAAAACAGAUCUCUUGUUAAUGUAUAUGGAACAUUUAUGUUUUCAUGUCCUCUGUCAGUUGGGUAUUAAAUGGAGCCUUUGAGGGUACCCACAGACAUCAUGUUGCACGUUAUACUGACAGCCACAAGCACUGCUACAUACACUAUAUGUCCAGAUGUUUGUUGUUAAAAAUCAAUGAUAUUCAAUAGGGAGUAUUCUGCUACCGCCUUGCUGCAGUUCUGGAAAGACUAAGUUAGAUGUUGGAACAUUGUGAGAGUUUGAUUGCAUUCAGCCACAAGAGCAUUAGUGAGAUCAGGUACCGAUGUUGGAUGACUAGUUCUGGAUCACAAACGGCACUCCAAUUCAUCCCUCAGAUAAUUAGUGUUGCUCCAUAACUCCAGAGAGCACAUUUCCAUUGCUCCACAGCCCAGUGCUGAGGGGCUUUAUACCUCUCCUGCCAACGCUUGGCUUUGGAUUUGGUGAUCUUAGGCUAAUUUGUGUCUGCUCCAGAGUGCCCCAUUCUAUUAGAAAUGGUUUUCUAUAGAGAUUAUACAAGCUGUCCAUGUGACAUUUAACACCUGUGUUAGUUGAACACCAAUGUUAGCUGAUCUCACUAAAUUAAAGGGGUGUCUCAUUACUUUUGGACAUACAGUGCAUUUAAAAAUGUAUCUUGUAAAUUCUUUGGUUUUAAGACUGCGUACCAUUGCCCACUUAAUGAUGUUUUGUGCUUGAUAAAAACAUCUUCGGGUUUACAGUAACAUUGACAAUUCACAUACUGAAUAUCAAGUACAAGCUUGUCUAAUGUUCUGUUUAAGGCCUAAAGAUUUCAAAAGAAGUCUGUUUUUCAAGUGAAGGUCAAUUUUUUUAUGGAGAAAAGCUUUAUCUGCUGGGUAGGACCCUGUUUACAAGUCCACUGUAAAGGAAAAUUGUAAACUUUGUGCAAUAAAAUGCCCAUCAGUACUGAA